AUGCUUCCUGCCAAAAGACUUUGCAGCGGAAGUCCGAGCUACCAAACCACAGUACCUGUGUCCGUCGCCCAAAUGGCGAUGCCAAAAUUCUCAAGCAGACUCGGAAGGAGACCGUUGCUUCAGAGGCAUGUUGGUCAUGGAAUUAGAGAUUGGCGCUUUCACUUUCCCACAAGACUUUCUUCACAUAAAGUCUUCCGUAUCAUCAUCAUCAGCCUCGCCUUCGUCGCUCUCUUCCCUCCCAUUUUCUUCCAUUUCAGGCUCAGACACUUUCAUCAGAUCCAAUUAAGAAAGUGUGGCUGGAUGAAUAAUCCUCCCCUAGUAUGUGCUCAUGGUGGUGAUUCAACUAAGGCCUUCCCCAACACAAUUUCUGCAUAUCAAUUUGCUCUUCGUUCUCAAGUAGACUGCAUAGAGAUUGAUGUUUCUCGUUCUUCAGAUGGAGUUUUGUUCGCUCUCCAUGACAGGGAUUUGCAGCAGAUAUCUGGCAACAAUUCUUCAAAGGUUGGGCAUUUGAGCAUGAAGGAGAUAAAAGAACUAGCUGAUGUUCAUCAAUCUGCUCGGAAAUUUGAUGAAAACAUUACUACAAUGGAAGAUGCGUUAAAGUUAAUAUCAAGUUCAGUCCGGCAGGUGAUUGUAGAUGCAAAAGUUGGACCUCCAUCAUAUGAAAAAGGGCUUGCAAAGGAUAUUCUUAAAGUUGUUCAAAGGACACAUUGUAAGAAUUGCAUUGUAUGGGCUAAAAGCGACAUUCUAGCAAGAGAUGUAAUCAGACAAUCAUCAAAUGUUACGGUGGGCUACAUUGUCAUGAUUGAUCCAUCCACCAAAGUUAGGACCAACUUGCUAAGGAUGAAAGAUGCUGAUGUUGUCGGUGUAUAUCAUCCAUUGAUAGAUGAGAAGCUUGUGAGAAUUCUCCAUGGGAGAAACAAGAAGGUUUAUGCUUGGACUGUUGACGAUGAGAAUUCGAUGCAAAGGAUGUUGUCUGAGCAUGUGGAUGCGGUUGUUACAAGCAACCCAACUCUUCUUCAGCGUCUGAUGCAAGAUCUCAGAACGCAGUGUCUCGAGGAAGGUUUUUCAUUCUCACAAUGACACGUCAAUUUGCUGAUGAUUAUACGAUUAACUGUAUAUAACUUGCAUUUGUUAUAUGGUUUUAUGAGGUUCAAAGAUACCAUGCAUAUUCACCAAUCAAAGGGACCUCUAUUUGUUAUAUCAUUAUAUGCUAAGCUUUAAAUGCAGAUAACAAAUAUUGAAUGAGUUUUUGCCUUUUUGGUAACAAAGCUGUAAUUUAUUUUAUUGGAAUCUUCUGAGAUAAUAGAUAUAUGGAUGGUCUGUCCCUGAUAAUAUAACUCUUUUUUUUUAAAAAUAAUAAUAAUAAUAAUAAUGCUUGCUCUUUAUUAUUUA